CAUAUGCGCUAGUAAAUCACUUAGAUAAAAUAAUUUCACACUGAUAUUUAAAGUAAAAUAUAUUUUACUAUAUUUCAUUACUCAUCUUUUUGUUGAAAGGUAAAGUCUUGUUUCGCGAGUUCGACUAGUGUUUUCAGUUUUAAACGUAAUCAUGUUUUCGUGCAGUGUAUGCGAUAAAACCUUUACUAGAAUCUGUAGUCUACUCAGACAUUUCAAUUCACACAAUGUUUCCAAUAAGAUUUCUUGCAAUAUUUGUUCACAAGUGUUCACGCGAAGAGAUAACCUCAUCAGACAUAGCAAAGAAAAACAUCGUUCAAAUAUUAUAAUCCAACAACAACCAACCAUAACCAAGCGAGAAAUUCAAGAUUUUUUGAAACAUGAAUUGAAUGUUCGAAUUGACUACAGGAACAGGUUAGAAUCUGGAUCCGUACCAAUAAGUAAACCGUUCAAUGGUUCAGGUGGUGUUUCAAUUUCCGGUAGUUGCACUUUUCCUGACGCGCAACACAUACCGGCUGGCUCAUUUUUAAUCAGUUAACGAAGUAUUAUGCAUAUUAGUGAAAAAAACACCGGAAAAAAGGCUAAAAGCUGUUUGUAAUGUUAAUUGUACUAAUAUUACAGAAUUGUGCCAAGAUUGUAAGAUAAGAAAAGCUUUUUUUUGUAAAAAUUAUCACUUAAUUAAUAGUACAAUGUGGUUUAACGUAAUUGAAAGGAAAUUUGGUAUUCUUGUCGUAU